CUCAUCAAAAGACUCUCUUUUUUUUAAUCCAAAACCCACUUUUCCUCUGUUAUCUUCUCUCCCAUUCAUACCCUUCUCUACAAAAUUAAAAAAAAAAAAGAUCACGCCAAAACUUCAGAGCUCAACGUCAACAAUUCUUCAUGGCGCGUGAAACUGAGGUCAAAUAUGAAGAGGAAUUCGUUUUGAAUUCACGAGGCAUGAAGCUUUUGGCAAGCCGAUGGCUACCGGUGAAUGAAACUCCAAAAGCGUUAGUCUUUCUGUGCCAUGGCUAUGCCAUGGAAUGCAGCAUCACCAUGAACAGCACAGCGACAAGGAUUGCAAAGGCGGGUUUUGCAGUAUAUGGGUUGGAUUAUGAAGGCCAUGGAAAAUCAGAUGGGCUUCUUGGUCUUGUUAUGAAUUUUGAUUCUGUCAUCGAUGAUUGUUCCCACUAUUUUACUAUCAUUUCUGAAAAGCCAGAGAACAAGAAGAAGAUGAGGUACUUGUUAGGUGAAUCCAUGGGAGGAGCUGUGGCUCUACUUUUGCACAGGAAAAAGCCAGAAUACUGGGAUGGAGCAAUUUUGGUUGCACCCAUGUGCAAGAUUGCAGACGAAAUAAAACCCAACCCAAUGGUGGUUAGUGUCUUAAGUGCACUCAGCAAAGUCAUUCCUACAUGGAAAUUAGUCCCAACUGAAGAUAUCAUUGACGUAGCCUUUAAAGUGCCUGAAGUCAGAGAACAGAUUAGAGAAAACCAAUAUUGCUACAAAGGGAAACCUCGCUUAAGAACAGGCUACGAACUUCUCAGGAUCAGUACAGAAAUUGAGCAAAGAGUACAUGAGGUUUCGCUACCUUUUAUGGUCAUGCAUGGUGAGGAAGACAAAGUGACUGAUAUCUCAGUUAGCAAACAACUAUAUGAAGAGGCCUCAAGCUCAGAUAAGGUACUAAAGCUGUACCCAGGAAUGUGGCAUGGUCUAUUGUACGGAGAGCCAUCAGAAAAUUUGAAGAUUGUAUUCUCGGACAUUAUUGGAUGGCUAGAGGAGAGAUCUCGCUAUGGAAAUACAAGAAUAGAGAGGGAACUGAAAGAACACAACGAAGUCUUGGUAAAAAGCUAAAAAGGAUUGUUAACCAUUUGUUUUCUCUUGGUGAUUUGUACCAAAGUAUUUGUCUUGCUUGGAGCUAAACAAGUUGGUGUUUGGUCGGAUGUUGAAAAAAAGGCCCUGGAAAACAAGCGGAGGCAAUAGGGCUUAAUGUGCAUUAGAUGUGAGCUGAGAGUAGAGCUGUUAAGAGUAAGGUGGUGGUUAUCUAAUAUCUUUUAUGUCUCUAUUUUGGCUUAAGACUCCAAG